GUCACUGCACUGGCAAAGGAACCAGUGCAUGCGGAAGUUACAGCUUCUCUCUGCGAAAUUGGGGAACUAAAAAACGGUAUACUCCUGUACGCCUUUGAGAAGACGCAAGUGACCGCGAGUCAUGGUCAUCACGCUCAAACAGACACUAGCCUCAGACAGAUGUAGCCAAAGUUUGGCACAAAAUGGAAUUUACUUUGCUCGCAGUUGUUCUAGCUGUUUGCAGGUGCGCUCUCUGUAUAGAGGCACACAUAUUUGAUGGGGAUGUCGUUAAUUUCGCUGUUGGGGUCGAUAAACUGUACGUCCUUACGGAUACUCAGCUUCACCAGAUGCGGCUCGACCUCAGUCCAGAGACGCGGAAAGAAAUAUCAAAUGCAACAACUUCAAACAAAGUAGAGCUUCUAGUUCCUUUCGUCUAUAACGGCACCGUGAUAACAUGUGGAUCACACAACACUGGAUACUGUGAAGUUCUUGACAGCUAUAAUAUUUCCAAGACGAUACACAAGGAAGGAAUCGGCAUUGGAGCAUACCCAAACAUAGCGGUGCUUAUUGGCCAUGAAGAGGACACAUACUUACUAUUGGGCAAAAACAUAGAAAAGUCUAGUGGCGGCGAUGCGGAUGCAUUGGUAACACUUCGAGACACAAAAGAUGGACAGUUUGGGGGGAUUUUCUCUAAAUCUGAUCUUCAUGCCAGUCCAUCAUCAAGCAUCCAAAAUAUUCCUGGCACAGAGAUCGAGUUUGUCGAUGGCUUUCAGCAUACUGCGUCCUCACAUGUAUAUCUACUUUUGAAUGAAAAGAGGGGGUCCAAGUUGACAGUGAAGCUUUUGAGUCUGGACAGUAAAUACACCGAGAAGGACGGAAAAUACACCAAAGCGGGCACAUUUACAACCCUCCAAGGUGCGAUCUUGCAGUGCUGUGAAGGCGAUGUAGUCAGACCAUGGAAGCUUCUGUCCUCUGCUGUUAUUCCAGGAGAGUCGGCCAUCCUUUGGGCAGGUGUCUUUGAGAUGAAUGUCGAAGAUACCGUGGUGGCGAUUUUUGACAUCAGCCGAUCGCGCACAGCACCUGUUUCAGGUUUCUGUAUCAACAAAGGUGACAGUUGUGAAUCAAGCGGUGAAGAAAAGUCUAAUGAUAAAGUUCUCAGGCCAGCUGCUGUGGUGUUCAGGAACAGCUCCAUCACAUCUGUCGCUGCCUUGAAGAGCAACUUCUGGAUCGUUCUUUUCUUUGGCACUAAAACUGGACUCCUGAUCAAGGUUGCUUUAGACGAGGCUCUCAAACCUGGCUGUCCUGGUGUGUUGUACAGUUUAGAUGAGGAUCGGACAUUUUUACCCAAGAUGCUCUUUGAUCCAGUAAAUCACACAGACGUUUAUGUGUCCCAAGGAAAACAGAUGAUAAAGGUCCCUGUGGCCCGGUGUGGUGUGCAUCAGACUCUGCGGGACUGCUGGUCGGCCCUGGACCCCUUCUGUGGCUGGUGUGUGUCUCAGAGCAGAUGUAGGUUCCAGCAUGACUGUUCCAACUCGGACUGGGUCUCGGUUCCUGGGACGUCCCAACAGAGGGACAUUAUGUCUGUCCACAUGAUCAGAAGCAGCACUGGACAGGACAUCACAGUGACAGCUGCACCCAACCUGAACCGAGGCAUACGUUUCUCAUGUGCUGUAGAGAAGUGUGACAGUCCGGGCCCCUCCAACUGUUCCUGCACCUUCUCUAGUGAGAGCUUCCCUGCUGAAGGCCUCAGCCUCAGAGUUACGAUCACAGUCCAGACGGAGACGCUCACUAAAGAUGUGCUUUUGAAAAACUGCUCCAGCAUCAGAGGAAGGCCGACUUCUGCUUUGUGUAUGGAGUGCAUGUCUGCAGGAUGUGUGUGGUCUCUCUCAGGUGAGGCUUGUACCUGGAAAACAGCAUCCACAAAGGCUUUAGAAACCUCACAGGAUGUAUGUAAAAACAUAACACUGGGACAGAACUACACAAAGCCAGACAUUCUAUCCAUGACACCUGAUGAGGUUUCCAUACAUGGCCGAAACCGUGCAGUCAUUAAAGGAAGGAACCUGGAAUCAGUCACAAAGGUCCGUUUCCAAGGAAACAUGGACUGCAAUCCAAAAGAGUCCCCAGUGUUGUCCCAUUCUAGAAACUCCAGUUCCCAUGAGUCUCUGACAUUUCACAUUCCGAGCAGAAUCGUGAAAGGAACCGUGAGAGUCUGUUUACUGACGAUGGAUGGCCAGUGUCAUGGCAACACCAAACUCACCUACGACUCCCCACCGAUCUGCAGCCGUCUGAACCCAAAGACCACAUGGGCCAGUGGAGGCAGAGAGAUUGCGUUAGAGGGUUCUAACAUGAAGUUUGUGGAAAAGGUGAAGCACAAAGAACAGCCUGAGGACAUCACCCUCAAGAGAAAGAUUGAGACGACUGUCUACUCCACCCCUGCUGGUGUACUGGACUCCUCCGGGUCCAGACAGGUGUCUGUGGAGCUGUUGGUGGGGAACACCUCAGUGACCUGCAGAGAGGAGCUCACCUACCACCGAGACCCACAAUUCACCAGCUUCACCACCACACGCACCGGCAACGACAUGUCCGUCACCAUACAGAAAACUGCAGACUUCCUGAAUCUGAAUAAAUCAGAGAUCCAGGUCCAGGCGAUGCAGGGGGAGGUGUCAUAUGUCUGUGUGAUAGACCGAAUUGAAGACAGCAAUGACACCACCUCAGUUCUCUGUGAUAUCAAAAAUCAGCCUGGCAUCCACAUAGACUCACUGAAGAUCACUGUUGGAAAGUUUUCAUUCAACCUUCAAAAGAGCCGCAACCUGCUCUACGUUACUGCCAUCUCUACCAGCACCACUAUAGUCAUCUGUGCGGUGAUGGUGGUGGUGGGUCUGUACUUCCAUCGUAAGAAGCAGAGAAUGCUAAGAGAUCAGAUGCAAAGGCGGAUUGAAAGGAUCGAAUGCGAGAUCCGCAAUGACAUCCGCCAAGGUUUUGUGGAUAUGCAGACUGAAAGAUUGGAGCUGAUAUCCAGCACAGGAGCCAUUCCGUUUCUGGACUACAAGCAUUUUGCUUCUAGAAUCUUCUUUCCCGAGGGAGGACCCUUGGCAACAUCUAUGAUGAAAGACAUAACUCAGUUGUCAGUGAAGGAGCAACAGGACCAGAGAUGCAGGGCCCUCUCCCGUCUGAUCAGAGAUCAGCUCUUCCUCACCUCGUUCGUCCACACGCUGGAAGAGCAGAAGAACUUCCUCGUCAAGGACAAAGUGAUGGUGGCGUCUCUGUUGACGCUGGCGCUGCAUGACGACCUGCCGUACCUGACGCAGGUGAUGGAGCAGCUGCUGGUGUCCCUGAUGGACCAGCCCAGUAACGCCCAGCCCAAGCUGCUCCUGCGGCGCACCGAGUCCAUCGUGGAGAAGCUGCUCACCAACUGGAUGUCCAUCUGCCUCUACGGCUUUCUCAGGGAGUGUGUGGGGCAGCCUCUAUACCUGCUGGUGUGUGCGUUGAUGGAGCAGAUCAGUAAAGGGCCGGUGGACUCAGUCACAGGGAAGGCCCUCUACACCCUCAACGAAGACUGGCUGCUGUGGCAGGCCCAAGCCUUCAGCCCCCUGAAGCUGACGGUGCUGUUUGCGGUGGGCACGGAGGGCGAGGUGAGUGAGCCGCUGGACAUCUCUGCGCUGGACUGUGACACCGUGGAGCAGGUGAAGGAGAAGGUCCUGCUCACCUUCCACCGCAAGUUCGGCUUCCACUUCACCCAGCAGCUCCGCGACAUCGACAUCGAAUAUGAACGGGAUGGGCGGUAUGAGGCGCUACAGGAAGUGGACAGCAGCUCAGAGGUGAUGGGGGAAGUCACCAUGCUUAACACCCUCAAACAUUACAAGAUUCCUGAUGGGUCGACCAUCAAGGUCAUCACAAGGAAAGUCCAAGUUCCUCAGAGCCCUACACUCAGUUUCAAAGAGGAACCUGACUUUGAAACAAAGUACUAUCACCUGAUCGACCCUGAGCUAGCGGACAGCAAAAGUUCAGAGGGGAAAAAACUCAAGGUCAAAGAGGUUUAUCUGACCAAGCUGCUCUCUACCAAGGUGGCUGUGCAUUCAUAUGUGGAGAAUCUCUUCAGAACCAUCUGGGGUACGGCCAACAACAACCGGCCGCUGCAUGCUGUCAAGCACUUCUUCGACUUCCUGGACAGCCAGGCAGAAAGCAAGAAGAUCAGUGACCCUGAUGUGCUGCACAUUUGGAAAACCAACAGCCUGCCUCUGCGCUUCUGGGUGAACAUUCUGAAGAACCCCCAGUUUGUGUUCGACCUGGAGAAGACGCCACACCUGGAUGGCUGCUUGUCUGUCGUCGCUCAGGCCUUCAUGGACUCCUUCUCCCUCACUGAGCAACAGCUUGGGAAGCACGCCCCGACCAAUAAGCUGCUGUAUGCCAAAGACAUCCCUCAGUAUAAGCAGGAAGUGAAGGCCUACUACAACAAGGUGAAGGACCAAUCAGCACUCAACAGCUCGGAGUUCAAAGAGUUCCUGGAGCAGGAAUCAAAGAAACAUGAAAAUGAGUUCAAUGAAUCUGUGGCCCUCUGUGAAAUCUACAAAUUUCUCUCUCGUUACUUUAAUGAGAUCUCACAGACACUGAAGCAGAACAACGCCCCCUCCGGGCUGACAGAGGAACUGCAGAAAGUGAAGGAGCUGUUCGACAGCAAGAGGAAGACAGGCUGGGAGUGAAGGCCCCUGUUUCCCUAAAAGCUGACUCGGGGGGGGGUUGGGUCCUUUGAGUUGUAGUGAGAACAACGAAAUGUAACGCAAUCAAGUGUGGAAAGCAUGAGCGCACCACACACACGCCAGUGCCUACAUGCAGAGCACUGCACUUUGUCGUUGUGCACUUCUGUCUGCUACUAAUCAGAAGGUACGUCAAUCAGCAUGUUCUGCACAUGUAAUUGCACUGAAUGAGAGAGAGAGAGACUGAGUGUGUGUGUGUGUGUGUGUGUGGACUUGAGGGGACUUGGAGCGACUACUGACUGUAAGUGACUUUUACUGUGUCAGAGCUACACACUGUAAUGACUUCACCUCCGUUUGUAUAUUUUUAACCUUUUGUUUAUUUUUAACCAUUUUGUAUAUUUUUCACCAUUGGUUUAUUUUUCACCGUCAUGGAGCAUUGCUUCAUAAAUUCAGCUCACGUUCCUCUUUCCUUUGGUUUGUUUAUCUGUGUCUGUCACUUUCAAAGUCUCACACACACACACACACAUGAAUACAUAAGCAUGCACGCACACACACACACACACACACACACUCACACUCACACGCACACACACACACACACACACACACACACACAAUGAAUAUGUAUAUUAAUGUCCUGCUAUAUGGGUUUGGUCUCUGGUCCACUACCAGUACAUGAUACUGGCAAUAGACACAGCUUGGAUGUUUUUGUCUACACAAAUUAAGCUUAUCUGUAACUAUCGACUAAUCAACUAACACUUAUUUUUAUGUGCAAUCUGUCAGUAUGCGUUUGAAAAACAUGUAAAUAAAUUGCAAUGAAAACUAA